GCCGGCCUGCUCUGCCCUUUUAUCUUCCACGAAAGCAUGGGAUGGGGGCUCGCAAGUCGCAAGCUCACCAGUCAGGCAGUCACCCCACCACGACGCUCCCAGGCCUCCGUCCGUCCGGCCAUCGCCAGCCUCGCAACGGCAGGCGGCUCUCCGAGCGCCAGCCAGCCAGCAGCUGCGUGUCGGUCCUCUCUCCGGCGAGGGAUGAUGGGGCGCGGCGCCGGGCGGCUGCUCGCCCUGCCGGCGUGUCUCGCCGCGAUGCUGCUGCUGCUGGCCGGCGGGGCGGCGGCGGCGGGCGAGUGCGGCAGGGCGCAGUGCGGCAUGGGGAGCUGCGCCGAGUCCGACGACUACACCUUCGGGUUCGCGUGCCAGUGCCGCCCCGGCUGGAGCCGCUACCACCUCGGCGGCAUGCAGUUCCCCUACCUCCCCUGCGUCAUCCCCAACUGCACCACCACCAACAGCUGCCAGGACGGGUCGUCCCCGCCGCCGGCUCCCCCACCGCCGCCGCCGCCGCCGCCGCCGCCGUUUACCAACUCCUCCAUCUUCGACCCGUGCCUGAUGCAGUACUGCGGCGACGGCGGCGCCUGCGAGAAGGCGUCGGACUUCACCCACCGCUGCCGCUGCCGCGACGGCUACGCCAACCUCCUCAACGACACCACCUACCCCUGCUACCGCCAGUGCUCGCUGGGGUCGGACUGCAGGGACCUGGGGAUCGGCGUGAUCAACGGGUCCACGCCGACAUCAGCGCCGCCGGCGCCCUUCUCCUUCACCGUCAGGAAGUCCGGCGCCGGGGCCGCCGCCAAGCCCGUGGAGAGGCUGCUCGAGCUGCUCGCGCUCAUGUCGUUUCUCUGGCUCCAGGCGGUCUGAGCUCGGCUUCUAGCUCAUCUUUUUGUUAAGAAUUUGGUACCAUACGAGUUGUCUUCAGGUUAGGGUGCCGUGUAUCAUACAGUACAGCCCAGUUUUAUUUAUUUCCCAUUGCAUUGCACCAGUGUUAUGUAAAAAAAUUCUAUUGAGAAAUAAAUUGGCAGCAAACACUACACUACAA